AUGCUUUGUGGUUCUUUGCGAGAUCGAAUACAGCCUUGGCUUCGCGACUAUGUUAAACUCCAAUCUCUCGCCAUCAUCCUCAUCUACGCUCAGAUUGGUUGCGCUCUGAUUGGAUCACUAGGAGCCUUAUACAAUGGAGUCUUACUAAUAAACUUGGUGAUUGCGUUGUUUGCGCUAGUGGCAAUCGAAAGCAAUAGCCAAAGCCUGGGCCGCACCUACGCUGUUCUCCUCUUCUGUGCUCUUCUUCUCGAUAUCUCAUGGUUCAUCCUCUUCACCCAAGAGAUUUGGAGCAUCUCAGCUGAGACGUAUGGGACUUUCUUUAUAUUCUCAGUGAAGCUAACUAUGGCUAUGGAGAUGAUUGGUUUCUUUGUCAGGCUCUCUUCUUCUCUCUUGUGGUUUCAGAUUUAUAGGCUUGGUGCUUCUAUUGUAGACACUUCGCUUCCCCGUGAAACGGAUUCGGAUUUGCGGAACAGCUUCUUGAAUCCGCCGACUCCUGCUAUAGACAGGCAGUGUUCAGGUGCUGCUGAAGAAAUCUUGGGUGGUUCUAUCUACGACCCUGCCUACUACACCUCUCUUUUUGAAGAGGUCCAAUCCAAUAUGAGUUCACCCAUCGCAGCACAGGUUAAUCAUUAUUCAGCUGAGAACAAUGGAUCACCAUCUGCAGAAGAAGCCUCUCAGAUUAAGUCCCCCACAUCCAGAUCAUUGCAUGCAAUUGAUGAAGAGAAAGGUUUGAAGCAACUGCCGGGGAAGUCUUCAUUAUGA